ACAAUGGCCAUUCUACAAGAUUUUAAUGUCCACAGUGCUGUACAGUAGAAACUCGUGUAUAUGGAACAUACAGAUUAUAAUUACAGUAAGUAAAUUGCGGUUGACACGGCAGGAUAAUCUACUAAAUACAGCGUUAUAUUCAGGCUCUGUAGCAACUAAACGAACUAACUGACGUAACAAAAGCAAUCAGCACUGUGUGGCCCUAAAUCAUUGUGUGUGGGGAGGAAUAGUCUGCUUCCGAUCUAUUCUUGUUGGAACGUUAUUGUAUUGGUUGGGCUAUGGCUGCAGCAUGUCACUGUGAGAGCCAGGUAGUCCAGCGUUUGUAACACUGUCCAGGUGUAACUGCUCUAAUGUCCGUUCUCUGCAGGAGGGGGAAAUGAUUGACGGUCUCCACGGUGACCGUUGCAAAGACUCCGCCCCUGUCCCUGCACCGGCCAAUGGUGCUAGCAGCUGCGGGCCAGGACGUUCCUGCCGGAGUUUGCAUUUGUGUAGUAGUCACGUUGGGAACCGAGGCUAUCCGUUUACAGUUUGAGGGGGGGUUAGGAAACAAAAAAAAAAAAAAACAACAACACGCACAACAGCCCCCCUGUAUCUACUAUGAUUUGUGCGCGGCCGCUGGAAACCUGAUCGGCUCCAUAGAGAAGGGGAGGACUUUAAUUUUUAAAAAAAGGGGGAGCAAAAAAAUGUCUUCCCCUACUUCCAACGGGAUAGGGAAUGCAAUAGAGAUCAAGCAGGAAAAUGCCCUGGAAAGCGGCGGCGGCGGCGAGAGUGAGGUUGCGGCGGAGCUGAGCGCGCUGGAGUCUGCGCCCUUCUCUAUGGAGCAUGUUGGUCAAGUGGAGAUCGAGUCCGGGAUCAAGAGCGAACUUUUACCCGGCGGCGGGGGCGCCCCGUAUACCCUGGCAUUCUCCCCGGAGCACGUCGCGUGCGUGUGUGAGGCUCUGCAGCAAGGUGGGGACCUGGACAGGCUGGCUCGCUUCCUCUGCUCUCUCCCCCACAGCGAACUGCUACGUGGCAACGAGAGUAUCCUGAAAGCCCGGGCGCUCGUAGCUUUCCACCAGGGCAGCUACUCCGAGCUCUUCCUGCUGCUGGAAAGCCACAACUUCCACCCGUCCAACCACGCCGCGCUGCAGGAGCUCUGGUACAAGGCGCGCUAUAUCGAAGCCGAGAAGGCCCGGGGGAGACCGCUGGGGGCGGUGGACAAAUACCGGCUGAGAAGGAAGUUUCCCUUGCCCCGCACUAUCUGGGACGGCGAGGAGACCGUCUACUGCUUUAAGGAGAAGUCCCGCAACGCGCUCAAAGAGCUCUACAAGCACAACCGCUACCCGUCCCCUGCCGCCAAGAGGAACCUGGCCAAGGUCACCGGCCUGUCCCUCACCCAGGUCAGCAACUGGUUCAAGAACAGACGCCAGCGCGACCGCAACCCUUCCGAAGCGCAGUCUAAAAGUGAAUCAGAUGGAAACCACAGCACUGAAGACGAAUCGAGCAAAGGCCAAGAUGACAUGUCACCUCAUCUUCUCUCCAACUCUUCAGAUGGUGUUUCCAACAUAAAUCCUUUAGGUCCUGCUGAUGCAUUAUACAUGCAGCACAUUGGAAAUAAAAUAUCCUUAAGUCCUUCUGGUCUAUUGUUAAAUGGUAGCUUGGUACCUACAAAUACUUCACCUGUCUUCUUAAAUGGCAGCUCAUUUAUCCAGGGACCUAAUGGAGUACUUCUUAACGGUUUAAAUGUAGCAAAUUCACAGACUUUGACCUUGAAUCCACCGAAAUUGGCCUCAACAGUUGUAAGCAAUGGGUCAUCAAAUGUUGAUGUCUUGGUUUCUUCCACAGAAGAAGUUAAAGACUUCAAAGUUCCUCAGACUAGCCUGACUCAUUCCAACACAACUUACAGUGCAAAUUUACCACCCUCCUUCCCUGGAUUAAUACCUGCCACAGAAGUCAAAACUGAAACUUUUCAGCCUGUAAGUUCUCAAGAUGGAGGAACUGUAGUUACUUUUACAACCCCCAUCCAAAUAAACCCAUAUGGCAUUGUACAGAUCCCAAAUUCAGGAACAAAUGGUCAACUUAUCAAUGGAAGCAUUGGGUUUUCCACACUCCAGCUGCCUUCUGUUGCUGUUUCACAAGGUAAUCUUUCUGUCACUCCUGGUACAUCUGAUGGGGGAACAUUUACAAACGAUACCACUUCAAGUGGAGACCAAGGGAAAGUAUUUCUCAGCUCACUUCCACACAGCACAGUCGUGUACACAGUUCCGCAUUCUAUAAAACAGGAUGGACUGGAAAGAAGCCUUGUUUUUUCUCCGUUAAUGCCUGUCAAUCAAAGCACAGCACAAGUCAACAUUAGUAUGCCUUCAGAUGAUACUCUGCAGUCUGUUGCAGCAUCAUUAGUAAAUGGAACUCACGCACAUAAUUUUUCACUUCCUCCUUCUACCUUGAUAACUGCUUCUGCACAUCUUGCCUCUGUUGCAGGCAAUCAGUCUAUAGCUAUAGCGCCUGCAACUACAACUAGUGUUGCUACCACUAGUAACACUAACUUUACACCUCUGCAGAAUUGUCACUACAUUGCCACCCAAGACCUCUUGUCUGUCUCUUCUGCACAACCAACCCUUGGGGAGCCAGUUCUUUCAAUCAGCAGUAAUACCAGCCACCCUGCUUCACAAGUCCAUCAGGGUUUUGGUAGCCAGCACAACCUGGUUCUGCAACCUCUGAAUGACACAAAAGAGAAUUACUUGCCCAUAUCUCAGAACAGUAUAAUAAGUGGGAGUGUCAUGUUGUUAGAUACAAAAUCAAAGUAUGUGGUCAGCAAUAUGGUCAAUAAUGGCUGUGAAGAACUUGACACAGACAAAAAGGACCUAGCCAAGCUUCAGAAUGUUCAAAUGGAUGAAGACAUGCAAGAUUUAUAAUCAGAUAAAUUCCAUUAAUUUUUGAUAUAUGAUAUAAUAGCAAACUGCCUUUGUUCAUCCACUUAGGUAUGCUCAGAAUGUUGGGUUUUGGAAACACAGCACUGCUUUUUUGUUUUCAGUUUAACUUUUACCCUUUUCUGAAUUAUGGGUAUUAAAGGGAACACAACUUAAUGAACCUCUGUUUGUUGUAUGAACUAUCAGGGCAUGUGGAAAUAUAGGUACUGACUUUUUUUUUUUUUAAAGAACGGGAUAAAAUGCUGGAAUUUGUAUAUUCAGUCCUCAUAUAUUAGGAAGGAAUGGUAUAUAUAAUUUUGUUUUGGGAGUGCCUUUUUCGGGUCACUUUUUUUUUUAUGGACUAAAAAAUUAAGUUACAUUUCAGCAUUGAUUUCCCACUUUCUCCUUACUAAGCAUUUUGUUGGCUAGAGACUGUUUUAAUUAUUGUUAGCUUUAAUGUAAAAAAAUUCAAUUAUGGAAUGUCAAAAUAUUUACCUAAGGUAUUGUAUGCAAGCCUUUUAAUCGUACCAGUUGUGUACAAUGUAUGUACAAGACACUAAUUUCUCUACCCUCCCCCCCCCCUUAAAGUUGCAAACCUAAAGAAAUACAGUUUCAGCACUACCAUACAUUACAGGCAUUAAAAACACUAUUGUAAACCUACAAAGGUAAAGGAUGAAUGCAAUUCAGCCCCUAAAAGUUAUUUAAUGACCUUUCCUUAUCAGGUCUUCUACCUUUCCAUUUAUUAUUAUGAAUAAGGAAUUAUAGUUUAUGCUACGCAGUUCCUUGGUGCCUUUUGGCCUAUUGGCCAUUUAUUUGUAGAAAGCACAUUGUAAAAUAAAAUAGAGCUGUUCGUUUAUAGAUCUCUUCAUGUUUUGAAACCUUUGUAGUAUAAUUUCUAUUCCCGGUAAUCCUGCCGGUGUGGAUCCUAAUGUAGUAAUAUAAAGAUAAUGUUUUGUUUUUUAUAUCUUAGGCACACAAUAGUGAAUUGGUCUACUACCAGAGAAGGACAAUCAUGCAUUCUAUGUAGACUACAUUCUGAAUUCCCAUGUCUGUUAAUUCUUUUUCCCUUCAAACACUACUUUCAUCAGAAUUGUUUUGCACUAUUUUACCAUGUGAAAAAGUUAUUGCCAUUUCACUAUUGCAUGAAACCUGCCUUAAUCUAUAUAAUUAGAUGCAAAAAUGCUAUUUAUAUUCGAGGCCUUUGCUUAUUAGAGGGGGGAACUCAGUCAGGGUUCUUUUUCUUAAGAUACUUCUGUUUUGAAGAUAUCUAUAUAGUUACCAUCCUUUUUGGGUCUGUGUGUCUCUAUAGCUCAUGCAUUUUGUAGGGUUGUGUUCAGAAUUUUUUUUUUAAUCUUACAACUAGAAAUGGUAAAACGCUCUUUACCUGAAAAUGUCUACUUGGUGGUGAUUAACUUUUUUUUUUAGUUAAAAAGAAAAUACAAUGCAUGUCUAAUAUUGGAACUAUUAUUUUAAUUUGAAAGAGAAAUCUUUUGCAUGUUCUAUUUAUUUUAAUUUUCUUUUUAUUUUGCUUUUGUGCCUUAAUGAAAUAAUGUAAAUCAUAAAAAGUAGAUAAUGUUGUUUAAAACCAUUUUGCGAUAAAGGUACCAACCUCAUGUCAUAAAGCAUUUCUUUGCAGUUACCUAACCAAAGAGGUAUCGUGUUUGUUUUCAUUGUACUGUAAUAGGGAUUUAUGCCUGGACAAGUUUUAUUGUAUUCUGAAAUGAUGUGAACUUAUUUUUCUAAACACUAUACUGAAUAAACUUUUAUAUUUAUAA